AUGACGAGACGCAACAAAGCUGCGAAAGCAAAAGCGGAGAAACCAGCGAUCGACUCGAACGACAAGGAGCCGGCGAAAGAGGAAGUGCCUGCAUCGACAGAGCCAAAAGAGCUUGAGGAGCCCGCAGGAUCGCAGGUGGCGGAGACAAUUCAGGAGCCCUCGCAAGAGGAGCCCGAGAACGAGAAGACGGAAGCAGUGGAGGAGACCAAGGUCCAAGCAGACGAAAGCUCCGCACCAGAAGACCUGGACACUACGGCCUUGAUUUCCGACCCCUUGUCCAGUGAGGAGCGCGAUGCUCUCACGAGGCUGCGCCAGCACGAACCAGAGGUCGCCGCACUGAGAACUGCAGUGCAGCAGCUAAAAGAGAAGACUGUGCAGUCAGCAGUCGACCUCCGCAGCAUGUGCGAAGAUGCUGGGCGCAUCGAGGGCCUGCUGCAGGUGGAUGCAGGCAUCCUUUCCAGCGACGCUGUGAGUACCCACGCAGAGUGGCCCGCUGAGGAGCUCCGCCAAGCACGUGCUCUACUAGCAGCCGUGGACGCAUGGGAGGAGGCCAUGCAAAAGGGCCGUUUGCAGAUCACUUCGCAAGGAGGUGCUGAAGAGCUCUGUGCAGCGCUGGAGGCCCUGCUGGACAGCUUCGUGGCGGUGAAAGAUGCGGAGCAAGCUGCACAUGCUGGCCACUGCGCCUGCGUGGAGCGUGCUGACUUGGGAGUGGAUGCAAAGACCAUGACCGAGAAGCCUCUCGUGGAGGCGCUGCUCGACAAGGCCAUCGAGCUGCGGUCUUCGGAAGAGGCCGCAGCAGAGCGCUUCCGCAGCCUUCUGCUGCAGGACUCCAAGCACCGAGCUCUUGGCGAGCUGCGUGUCGAGGUGCCUGUCGAGCUCCUUCAAAGUGGAGGAUCAGCAUCCCAGACUGCAACGGCGACUGCGCAGUCCAAGGGCCUGGAUCCGGAUGAGGUGGCCAUCCCGUCCAAGGACCUCCUCAAAGGAGUGGAGGAGCCUCAAAAGAUGGAUGCAGCACAGCUUUGGCACGCUGUCCACACUGGCGAUCUGGAGAUUGUCAAAGCCUUCGUGCGGAGGGGUGCAUGCACGGGGAAGUCCCGGGACGCUUCAGGGCACUCCAUCCUCUGGCAUGCCAUUACCUUCAACCACCACAGUCUUGCGCGAUUUAUGGUGGAGACCUUCCCCCCGGGCUCCGACGACGGGAUCGAGGUGGAUGAGGUGCAUCAGCGCAGAGGGGACACGCUGCUACAUUUGCUUUGCCUCAGCCGCUCCUUCGAUGCAGAGGCCGCUGCGCUUUUCAAGAAACUCGCGACCAAAGCGCCGCCGGCUGUGUUUCAAAAAGUCAACCAUGCUGGCCUCACUUUUGCCCAUAUCGCCGCCUCCAACUUGAACUUCUGGGUGCUGACAUUCAUCUUCAAGAACUUCCAGGCACAAGCCAAAGCGCUCGUGUGCGCGGACAGUCACCCGAUGAAGCAUCUCCUGCAGGCAAUGCCUCAGCCAGUUCCUCCACCAGCCUACCAGCCACCUGUCGGAUUUCCGGACCACUUCCGGGUUGCAGCAAUGCUGCAGCAGGAUUCCAGUGGCGUCGUUCCUUAUGCAGAUGUAGCCUUCGAUGUUGGUCCAGAGUUGAAGGGCGUGGCAGCUGGUCGCUUUUUGGCACAUCGUGUCGUCGUGGUGGCACAGAGCCCAAAGCUGUACGAGAUGCUCGAAACGAUCCCGCUCACGGAGCUACCGAAGGAGAGAAUCCGAGCGGCUGUUGUGCGCGUCGAUGAGCGCAUCUCGCAGGAGGUCUGGCGCAGCAUCCUCCAGUUCAUCUAUCAAGGCACGAUCCUUCAGGAGCAGUGCAUCUAUCUGCACGAUGUUGCAAGGUGCUUCGAGCUGCUCUUCGCCGUGCUUCUCUUCCGCCUGCCGGAGCCACUCUUGCACCUUGCGCAGCACUCCCUCUAUGUGCUGCUCCCGGUCAGCAACCCGACCUGGGCGCUCCAGGUCUUCCAGCUCUGCGCGCAGAAGGAGCACUUCGACAACCAGGAGCUUCGGCCUAUUCGUGACGCAGCUGCGUGGCUUCUCCUGCACUCAGCGUCAAAAUUUUUUCAGACCAUGGACACCAAAGACGUCUGCGAAACCUUGGAGAAAGUCGUCAAGUCGGUUGAGCGCUCCGUGUUCGAUCGACCGAGAUCUAUGUCCGUGCAAGGGACCUCUGUGUCGAAGCAGGAUUUGAUCGCCAACAGCGUGCAAGGAAUCCCACAGGACAUGCUGGCAGCCAGCAUGCGUGGAAUUCCUCAGGAGCCCAGCACAUGUCAAGCUGUUCUCACUCCGAGCUUCCCCAUUGGUUUUCGGAAGGAGCUGUAG